CGCGCGGGGCCUGGGCGGGGGCGCGGGCUUCGCGGGCCGCGCUCUCCCGGGUCCGCCGCACGGCUCGCUCCCCGGCGGCCGCUGCCUACCCGGGUCUCCGGUCCUCCUCCGGGUUCGGCCUGGCCCCGGCCUCCGCCAGAGGGAGCGGAAGGCCGGCACCGCGAGGCUGGCCUGGGGCAGGAAGGCGGGCGCGCGUGGGCGUGGGGGACGCGGUGAUGUCCACCGGCUCGGUGAGCGACCCCGAGGAGAUGGAGCUGCGGGGGUUGCAGCGGGGGUACCCGGUGCCCGCCUCCAAGAGGCCGCCCCUCCGCGGCGCCGAGAGCAGCUACAUCUCGCCCAGUGACAACUCCUCGGCCGAGGAGGAAGACCCCGACGGCGAGGAAGAGCGGUGCGCGCUGGGUGCGGCCGGCGGCGCGCAAGGCUGCAAGAGGAAGCGGCCGCGAGUGGCUGGGGGCGGCGGCGGCAAGAAGCCCCUCCCGCCCAAGGGCUCGGCGGCCGACUGCAAGCAGUCGCAGCGGAACGCCGCCAACGCCCGCGAGCGCGCCCGGAUGCGCGUGCUGAGCAAAGCCUUCUCCAGGCUCAAGACCAGUCUGCCUUGGGUGCCCCCAGACACGAAGCUCUCGAAGCUGGACACGCUCCGCCUGGCUUCCAGUUAUAUCGCGCACCUGCGGCAGCUGCUGCAGGAGGACCGCUACGAGAACGGCUACGUGCACCCUGUGAACCUGACAUGGCCAUUCGUGGUCUCAGGACGACCCGACACUGACACCAAAGAAGUUUCCGCAUCCAACAGAUUAUGUGGGACCACCGCUUAGAUGGGACUCAUUGCUGGGAUUAUUGUUUAAACGCGUGUUUGGGGACCACGGAGAGAAGGGAGCGUGAGAACCCCCAGGGCAUGGGGAGAAGUGCUAUCGGAUUCUCCUAAAUUCUCCUCGACAACCCCCACCCACCCGAACUGUGAGCAGGACUCGUGGCGGGCGUUGGGGACACAGCCUGGGGGUUGGCCAUGUGGCUGUCAUCGCAGGGCGCCAAGGGCUGCCUCGGCUGCCGGGGAGCUUAACGACGACAAUUUUCUUCUCCAAAAAGACCUUCCUUCUGUCUCUACAACGUGGAACCAGAUCCAACCUCAGGCUUUAUCAGUGUAGACUAACCCAAGCACGGUCGUCUAAGUCCAGUGCCAAACCGCCUAGGAGUUAGUUUGCCGACAGAGAAAGGUGCACGUAUACGAUGGCAGACGAUUAGGCAGUGGUUAGAACGUGCUCUGGAGGACCCGCUUCCAAGACAGCAGUCUUCACUCGAAACCAACAUCGAGGCGUGUUUUUAAGUUGCAAAGAGACGAGAGAGGCAUACCUGGGCCAGGUUUGUACCCCACCAGGCCCCAGCCUCCGAAAGGAAGGGGAGUGCCCGCUCCGCCUAGGGAGAGUUGGGGGCUUACUUUCCCGGACCACCUGGCCCGGGUUUGCCCGCAGCGCCUCCGGGGGCUCUGCCUCCCUGCUGCGAUCACACCCUUCACUUCCCCCAGGGCUCCCUCGUCUUCCUAGCCAGGCUUCUGUCUCCCCUCCCCUGGUCCACCCUUCCUCCCCACCCCCCACCCCUCCCAGCUAAACUAGAGCCUCCCACCCCCGCACCCUGCGCCCAACCAGGCUCGCGUCCCCUUCAAACCUCCCUCUAUUUCUUCCUCGCACGCCUCCUUGCAGCGCCCCUCCGCCCCCCCGACCAUCCGCCGCGGGCCUGCCGCCUCCAGGCCCCGGUCGCCUCCCGCGGCACCACCUCCCGGGCCCGCCGCCCACGCUCUUCCCGCCGCCGCGGUGCGCCGGGUGGUCCGCUGACGCCGCCCCGCGCCUAGUGCCCCCCCGCCCCGGUCCGGGGAAACGCGCCUGUCAGGAGGCUGCCCGACCACCGUAACUAGCAAAUGUAAAUAAAUUUAUUUUUUUAUGAAUAAUAAAACGCAUUGUGAAAACUGA